CGACAAAUUGGUGGGGUUCACUGUGCCACUAGUGACUUUCGCCAACCGUUUGUCCAUAAUUUCAACCGAUAACUUAGUAAUACAGGAGUGUAAUCAACAUUAUUUAGCUUCUGUUAAAAUAUCUGAUGAUAAAUUAAAUAAUUGUAAAGUCAAAUGUAAUUAUAAUUGGUGUUGUGGUUAUUUUAUAUUAAUUACAAUAUUGAUAAAUUCAUGACAAUGUUUGGUACCUUCUAGUGCUCUCUCGUGGAUAAUGAAAUACUCUUAAUCACGGCAUUGACAAAUUCAACAGACCAACAAGAUUUAUCAAUAAAUUUAGUAAACGACAUUAAAACGUAUAUCAGAGUGUGCUUGCGUUUAGAUAAGAGAGAAAUAAAAAGAAAAAAAUAAAUCGACCGAAAACGACGGCCAGUGAAGAAAAGAAAAGAGUAUAUACGGGUGUGUUUUCCUAUUUAGACUAAAAUACAAGAGAAAGCAUGGCGAUGCUCGGUGGUGUGCUGGGCAAGAGCGAAUUUAUUGUUGGUGGAAAAUACAGACUAAUGAGAAAAAUUGGAUCUGGUUCAUUUGGUGACAUUUAUCUUGGCAUCAACAUUUCAAAUGGCGAGGAAGUCGCUGUCAAACUAGAAAAUGUGCGAGCACGUCACCCACAAUUGCUUUAUGAAUCAAAAUUAUAUAAAAUAUUACAUGGAGGCAUCGGUAUUCCACAUAUACGCUGGUAUGGACAAGAACGUGAUUGGAAUGUUUUGGUAAUGGAUCUACUUGGUCCUUCACUUGAAGAUCUUUUCACAUUCUGUUCACGAAGGUUUACAAUUAAAACGGUGCUUAUGUUGGCUGAUCAAAUGAUUGGUAGAAUUGAAUUUGUUCACUGUAAACACUUUAUUCACAGAGAUAUCAAGCCAGACAAUUUUUUAAUGGGUAUUGGUCGUCAUUGCAAUAAAUUAUUCAUUAUUGAUUUUGGGUUAGCAAAAAAAUACCGAGAUACUCGUACAAGGUGUCAUAUAUUAUAUCGUGAAGAUAAAAAUUUAACUGGUACUGCGAGGUACGCAUCAAUAAAUGCGCAUGUUGGUAUCGAGCAAAGUCGGCGUGAUGACAUGGAAUCACUGGGAUACGUUCUCAUGUAUUUCAAUAGAGGUUCGCUUCCUUGGCAGGGUUUGAAAGCAGCAACAAAAAAACAAAAAUACGAAAAAAUAAGUGAGAAAAAAAUGUCCACUCCUGUUGAAGUUUUGUGCAAAGGCUUCCCAGCAGAAUUUGCAAUGUACAUAAACUACACCAAGGGACUAAGAUUUGAUGAAAGCCCUGACUACAUGUAUCUCCGGCAGCUCUUCCGAAUUCUCUUCCGUACUUUAAAUCAUCAGUACGAUUACACUUUUGAUUGGACAAUGCUGAAACAGAAAGCAGGAAUCGCCCUCCCAGGAGCAGUAUCUGGAGUUACUGGUACAGCUGUUCCUGGACCACAAGGCCAAGGUCAGCAGACAACCGCUCUAGCCAACGCACAGACAAGCACACAGAGGAAUCCAGAGACGUUCGAUGUUCUCUAGAUUAUGCGUUUUCUAUUUUUAUUCUUUUUUUCGCUUUCUCUUUUCUGAUAUCUUUUCUUCUAUCGAGUCAUUUUGUUUUACAAUAUCGUUAAAAGCCCUGACGGACCAUUUUUCAUUUUUUAUUUUACUGUUUAAUUACUAAAUUUAUUUUAGUCAUUAUUAUGCCUAAAUUUGUGAAUAUUUCAUCUAUGACAUUACUUAAAAUUAAUUCUUUUUGUUUAUGUGGUACAGGCGAUCUACCAGUAAAUUUAUAGUGAUAACAAAAAAAAAUUUUUUUAACUAAUCUUCAAUUGAAAUUAGUAAUUAUGCUGCACUUUAAAAAAUUAUUCACUAAAUUUACCGUAAUGUAACACAAUUGUUUGAAAAGUUAUCAUGGAGCAAGGUCAAAAA